AUGGGUCUUUUCAGAAGAAAACAUUCAAUAAGUCAUGAAGAAUAUGACAUGGAUUCAAAUAAACCAACAAAUCAACAGAAUGAAAAUAUGGGACAAUAUACUUCAGAUAACUCAUCAGCUAUAAAUCAAAUCGGUAAAUCACCAGAAGAAGGCAAUUCCUUCAACGAAGAAAAAGGUGGUUUAGGUGAUCAAUCAUUAUGGCAAUUAAGAGCUGUUAUUAUUUUAUUAGUUGCAAACACAUUCACAGGAUUUUUAUUCGGUUGGGAUACAGGUACCAUUGGUGGUAUAACUAAUAUGGAUGGUUUCAAAAAAAAUUUCGCUCCAUAUAAUGCAAGCACAGAUACAUAUGAAUUCAGUACUAUAACACAAGGUUUGAUCAUUUCCUUGUUCAAUGUUGGUUGUGCUGUUGGUUCUUAUAUUUUAUCUAAAAUGGGUGACUGGAAAGGUAGAAGAUUUGCAAUUUUCGUUAGUAUGAUUAUUUAUAUUAUUGGUUGUGUUGUUCAAAUGGCUUCAGCUCCUUCUAAGAAAUGGUAUCAAUAUAUGAUUGGUAGAAUUAUUACAGGUUUAGCUGUUGGUGCUACAUCAGUUUUGACACCAAUGUUUAUUUCAGAAUCAUCCCCAUUAAAGAUUAGAGGUGCUAUGGUUUGUGUCUAUCAAUUAAUGAAUACUUUGGGUAUUCUGUUUGGUAAUGUUGCAGAUUUUGGUUGUAAAACUUAUCAUCCAGGUACAAAUGCUGAAUGGCUAAUCCCAAUUGGUUUAGGUUAUGUUUGGGCAGCUUUAGCUAUCUUGGGUACUGCAAUGAUGCCAGAAUCACCAUUUUAUUUAGCGUUCAAAAAUGAUAAACAAGGUGCUAUAAACUCAGUUGCCAAAUUAAAUAGAUUACCAAAUGAUGAUCCAGCAGUUUUACAUGAAGUUAAUGAUUUCAUGGCUAAAUCUGAUGCAAUGAAAGAAGAAACUGAAAAUGUUUCAUGGCAUGAAUUCCUUACAGGUCAUCCAAUGUUGGGUUGGAGAUUAUGUAUUGGUAUGUUUAUUAUGGCUAUGCAACAAUUAUCAGGUGCUAAUUAUUUCUUCUAUUAUGGUACUUCAUUAUUCACAUCAGUUGGUUUACAAGAUACUUAUAUUACAUCAAUUAUUUUAGCUACAGUCAAUUGUGCACCAACAUUUUUCAGUGCAUAUUUAGUUGAAAGAUUUGGUAGAAAACAAUGUUUAAUGGCUGGUUCCAUUGGUAUGAUGACAUGUAUGUAUAUCUACGCCUCAGUUGGUGGUUUUGGUCUUUAUGAUUCAAAUGGGGAAGCAAGUUAUUCAGCUGGUUGUGCAAUGAUUGUCUUUUCAUGUUUCUCAAUUGUUGGUUUUGCAACAACUUGGGGUCCAGUUGCUUAUGUUAUGGUAUCAGAAUUAUAUCCAAUUCGUGUUAGAGGUACAUCAAUGGCUUUAGCUACCGCUUGUAAUUGGAUUUGGAAUUUUUUGAUUUCUUUGUUCACGCCAUUAAUCACCAAAGCUAUUGGUUUCAAAUUUGGUUAUGUCUUCGCUGGUUGUUUAACUGCUGCAAUCUUCAUAGUUUAUAUGUUUGUUCCAGAAACUAAAGGUUUAACAAGUAAACAAAUUGAUGAUAUUUAUGCCGAAGGUCACAUUUUCCAAUAUAAGAAACAUGCCAAACCAAUUGAAAGUGAUGAAGAAGUCGAAGCAUAA